AUGGCACAGGUAAGACGACAGUCUCUUAAUCCAUCAGCAGCACCUGGAAAGAUUCCUGCAGUACCUGGUGCAGUACGUUUUCGAACACCAAUAUCAAGAAGUACCCGACGGACACAAAGCUUUCAUGUCAAUGGUCAACCUUCACAUCCCGAAUCACUGAUUCGAGCAAUGCAUUCAAAACAAAUUGUCAAUCAGUCACCAGCUCGUUUUGCUCAAACAACAUCACACAUUGGUGGACUCCAUAAUUCAAAUAAUCCAAAAUAUGAUCCAUUAACUGGCUUAACUAUUAAUGCUACUACUAUUAGUAAUGAAAAUCAUGAAAAAUCAUAUAUUAUCAGUUCAUCAUUCAGUUCAUUAAUUCCUCAUGAACAAAAUCUACCUCCGAUAGCACCACCACCGUCAGCAGAAAACUUUUAUCUAAUGCAACAACAACAACAACUGAGAUUAAAUAAUAAUGACACAGAAGAAUCCGUUGUCAUACCAACACUAACUGAUGAUGAUGGCCUUCCAGUUGUGUCUAUUGAUAAUGAUCGUGUGCCUGUCUAUGCACGAUUUCCGUUUGAUGUCAGCUUUCUACCACGAUCAAUGGAUGCUAAUGUUGAAGAUAAUAUUCAUAAACUUCGUCUUCGUUUAAUUGAUUCCGAACUUCAACAUCAACGUCGUAGUACGGAUGAUUAUAUUAAACGAACACAAGAACAACUUUCUCUUUCAUCUUCUAAAUCAACAGAACAUUAUUUACAUGAUAUUAGUUCAUCAAACAAUUUAAUUUAUCAACGAGUUAAACCAAAGAUUUUGAGUCAACAAACAUCAUAUUCGCCAUUAUCUAUUGACACUCCGAUAUUUAUUGAUCGCAUAGGAAUGGAAAAUAAUCCUCAAGAUCAUUCAGAUAUUGAACGAGAUUUAGAAAUACGACGAAUACAAGAAUCCUUACAUGGUGGUCGUCGAUCAAAUCAACAAUUAACGAUAUCAAAUUAUUCUUAUGAUCCUCGGUUACAUUUACAACCUUCAAAUAAUACAAUUGGAGACCGACAAUAUUCAUCUUCUAAUAUGGAUGAUUUAAUUGAUUCAAUGGCUAGACGUCAUUUAGCUUAUCGACGACUUGAUGCAGCUAUUGACCGUCAACGACGGGGCCUGGGAGGUUACAAUCCAUAUUAUGAUUCUUCAAUUAUUGGACGACAAGCGUCAUUUCGUAGUCAACAACAAGAUGAUGAUAUAUUUUUUACAAAUACAGCAUCGUCAAGUCGUAUCGGACAAGAUUUUAUUCGAACAAAUCCAAAUAGUUUAAAUCAAAUGGUUCGAUCAAAAGUUGAUUAUUCUAAUCGUAUUCAACCUGAUCCUGAUGAUUUAAAUAUGAAUAAUAUGAUACGUACAAAUUCCUAUUCAAUAUUACCUCCAAUAUCACCUGGAAUUGAUUCAAAUCGUUUAAGUCGAACACAAAAUCUAUCCAAUUCAGCUCUUUAUCAAGCUAAACGUAAUCCUCAACAAUAUCGAAAUUAUCAACAACCUCUACCAUUAAAUUUACCUGAUCACACGGAACAUUUAAUUGAAUUACCAAGUGAUAUAUUUCUUUCAUCAAGAACAGAAUUAAUUGGCUCAUCUCAACAUCAUGAUCAAACUCGAACAAGUAAACCAGGAUCUGUCUCAAAAGAUAAAUCUGAUGUAUCUAUAGAUUCUGAAAUAGAUCAAUCAGAUGGUGAAAAUAAUCCAUAUAUUAUUAAUCAUCAACAUAGUCAAAAUAAACAAAAAUCAGGAAAAAAAUCAGAAAAUGGUCAUUAUGGUUUUUUUACUGAAGGAAAUCCUCCGCAACAACAACAAAAAUCAAAACAAAAUAAUAAAUUUCAUCCACGAUUAUUAUUUCAAAAAGCAGCUAUUGGCAUUUUGUUUAUAAAUAUUAUCAAACAUGAUGCUGCUAAAAAUCGAUUAAAUCGUCGAAGUCAAACAUUAAGUGCAACAAUACAUAAAAUUCGUAUACAAGAAAUAAUGGUUGCAUUACAUCGUGUUUAUCUUGAACCUGAUGGACCAAUUUAUAAUGCACUUAUUCAAGCUAUAACUAAUUCAAUUGAAUUAAAACAUGCAUUAGAUAAAUCAUCAAAAUAUUAUUCUGAAGCAAUUAAUAUUAUUGGUCAAGCAGUAAAUAAUGUUAUUUCAAAAAUUGUUGAUUUUAUGCCAAAAGAUGGUAUUUUAGGUACAGCAAAAAAUUCAGCUGUAUCAGCACUUAUUCAAGAUGGAAAUCCAUUUCCUGAUAAUUAUUUUUGGCAAUGUGAAAAAAAUAUUCUUGAAUUUCAUAAAUCAAAAAUUAUAAAUAUAACUAAACAACGAGCAAUACUUUUACUUAUUGGUAUUUUUAUCUUUCGAGCACUUGUUACAACAUUACUUAUUAAACCAACUAAAUAUCGAUUUAUACUUGGUGAAUUACCAAAAAAUCAAUUAGUUAGUCUUAAAGUUCUAGCAUCGGUUAUUUCUUAUAUUGGUCGACGAGCAGUUAAAUCCAGUUCUCAAAUACUUACUUUGCCACAUGAAUGGGAAUCUUCAUUAUAUAGUGAUACAGAUAUUGAACCAAUUAUUCAACAUGCGGAAAUCAAAUCAAUUAUAACAACAUGUGAACAAUCAUUACGUGAUUGGUGUGAAGACUAUAUUCGUCGUAUUGAUGCAAGUUUUGGUAAAGAAUUACGAACAUGA